AAGAAAAGAUGGAAAUUGCAGGAUCUUUCCUGGAUGAAGAAUGGGAAUCUCUGAGCCAAAUCUUUUCGAGCGGCGGCGAAAAUCUGGAUCUCUUUCACCAAUACGGCGGCGGCGGUGAGACUCCAUCGCCCUCAUUUAUCCCCUCCGAUCAAGCCAACUUCUGCUCAAUCUCUCAAGAAAGCAGCAACACUACCGAAUUCGACGAAGCCCUUUUCCUCAACAUGCAUCAUCAGCCUCCUCUCAAUGCUGCUUAUGAUCAUCAAGAUACUAUUACUAACUCAUUCGAAUCCAUGAUCAUGAAUUUACACAACAAUGCCGGUUUCGUGGAAGAGUGUCAACGUUCGCCUUUGGAAACGGCCGAUUUGAAGAGGAAGUCCGAGGAUUUCCCGCCACAAAAUCCUAAGAAAAAACCAAGAAAUGUGCAGGCACAGAGAAAUAAAAAAGUGCAGCCAAAAAAAGGGAAGAAAAUGGUUCAAGAAAAGAAUAAUGAAGAAGAAAUGAAUGGCUACACCUCUGAAGAUGAGUCAAAUGCUUCUCAAGAACUUGUCAAUGAAGAAAUCAAGAACUCGAACACGAAAGCGAAAGGCAGAGCUAGUAGAGGAUCUGCAACUGAUCCACAAAGCCUCUAUGCAAGGAGAAGAAGAGAGAGAAUCAAUGAGAGAUUGAAGAUCUUGCAGAAUCUUGUUCCCAACGGAACAAAGGUUGACAUUAGCACAAUGUUGGAAGAAGCUGUGCAAUAUGUCAAAUUUUUGCAGCUUCAAAUUAAGUUGCUGAGCUCUGAUAAUAUGUGGAUGUAUGCUCCACUUGCUUACAAUGGAAUGGACAUGGGAAUCUAUGAAAAGCUUUGUUCAAAUCUGAGGCAAUAGAAUCGAGAGUUAUAUUGCUGAAUUUAAACCAAAUGAGGCUAUAUUCUCUUAAAAAGUACAUGAAAAAAUUUAAUUUUUUGGGAUACCAAUUUGGAGGAAGGUCCAAUAAUAAGUAUCCAAAUUCAUUGGU